AUGGCUGCGCCCGGCGGCCCGCCACCUCCACCUCCACCUCCACCGCCACCGCCACCGAAGUCUGACCAGGCCGUCGGCGACGCGUCGGCGUCACCCCCUCCACCACCGGACACAGAGACGGCCGGCCAAACUGCCCAAACAUCACCCCCGCCACCGUCACCGAAAUCUGACCAGGCUGUCGGCGACGCGUCGGCGACUCCCCCUCCACCCCCGGAGACAGAGACGGCCGGCCAAACACCACCCCCGCCACCGUCACCGAAAUCUGACCAGGCCGUCGGCGACGCGUCGGCGUCACCCCCUCCACCACCGGACACAGAGAGGGCCGGCCAAACACCACCCCCGCCACCGUCACCGAAAUCUGACCAGGCCGUCGGCGACGCGUCGGCGUCACCCCCUCCACCACCGGACACAGAGAGGGCCGGCCAAACACCACCCCCGCCACCGUCACGGAAAUCUGACCAGGCCGUCGGCGACGCGUCGGCGUCACCCCCUCCACCACCGGACACAGAGACGGCCGGCCAAACACCACCCCCGCCACCGUCACGGAAAUCUGACCAGGCCGUCGGCGAAGCGUCGGCGUCACCCCCUCCACCACCGGACACAGAGAGGGCCGGCCAAACACCACCCCCGCCACCGUCACCGAAAUCUGACCAGGCCGUCGGCGAAGCGUCGGCGUCACCCCCUCCACCACCGGACACAGAGAGGGCCGGCCAAACACCACCCCCGCCACCGUCACCGAAAUCUGACCAGGCCGUCGGCGAAGCGUCGGCGUCACCCCCUCCACCACCGGACACAGAGAGGGCCGGCCAAACACCACCCCCGCCACCGUCACCGAAAUCUGACCAGGCCGUCGGCGAAGCGUCGGCGUCACCCCCUCCACCACCGGACACAGAGAGGGCCGGCCAAACACCACCCCCGCCACCGUCACCGAAAUCUGACCAGGCCGUCGGCGAAGCGUCGGCGUCACCCCCUCCACCACCGGACACAGAGAGGGCCGGCCAAACACCACCCCCGCCACCGCAAAACCAAACACAAGCGGCAGAAACGGCUAGCCAGCCACAGGCCGACACGCAGCGGCAAACCGGGACGGGAGAGGUGGCCGGCAUGCCUGAGAUAACGCAGGCUGCUCCUUCGCAGGAGACUACGGCGGCCGCCGGUGCCGAGGACCACCUUCCUGCACCGCCGCCGCCGCCUGAGGAGCAGAAGCAAGGGGAAACUUCCAAGGACGGGAAGGACUCGGUCCGAGCAGAGGAGAAGAAGCCGGGCGCAAGCCACUGGCCCCGCGUCCGGUCGCCGGUGCUGUUGCUUCUCUCGCUCUUCCGCCUCCGCCGCCACGGGAAGCAGAGCAUGCCGAUCGAGCAGCCUAAAGUCUCUCCUUCGGCGCCAGAGGACGAGCUGGCGGCAGUACGGAAGGAGGAAAGUGACAGGAGCAAGCGCCGUCGCCAUGAAGCCGAGGCGUCGUCGUCGCCGGCGGGACGGAAGGAGGCGCCGCCCGCGGAGCCGCACCAAACCAAGCGCCGCAAGAGCCUGCAGCGCACCGAGAGCGUCCGGCCUCCCGAAGGUGUCGCCGCUGCAGCAGGCGAAGCUGACGCCACCCCAAGUCCCAUGAGAAAGAAGCUUCAAAAGGCGAUCGUGCUCGUGAAGAAAACCUUGUCGUGGUACGGCCGGCACCACUCCCCGGAGAACGCGGAGAAACCGGAGGAGGAGGAGGACCAGUCGGCGGCGCGGAAGGAGAAAGGCGGAGACACCAAGCCGUCGACGUCGCCCACGCCGCCGGAGGAGGCGGGGACAAAGUCGAAGCAGCACGACAAGACCGAAGAGGAGGAGAAGAAGGCGAAGGAGGAGGCGGAGAAGGCGACGGCGACGGCGAAGGAGGAUGCGCGGCUCAGGCUGUGGGCGCGGGCGGAGGUGCGUCUCGAGAGGAUCCUCGAGGAGGCGUGCACGAGGCUGACGCUGGCCGAGUUCAUGAAGCUCGGCAAGCCUGCCACCAACAACGACCCCGACGACAAGCGGCAGGAGUGCCUCCUGACCUUCUCCGUGUUCCCGCUCGGCUCGCAGGUGAAGAAGCAGGCCGUGACGUACUGGUGGUGCACGCGGUUCAACCUCUCGUCGGAGAAGGGCCGCGGCAGCGCGGACGAGACCUUCUCGAAGCUCUCCGCCGGCGGCUUCCUCGAGGCGUUCAAGAACCGCUGCAGCGGGGUCAUCUACGGCUGCCGGGUGAACCCGCUGGUGCACUGGAUGGUGAAGCACGUGGCGAGGGAGAAGGAGUGCGCCGACCUGGAGGAACCCGGCGGCCCGGCUUUCAGCCAGCCCAAGUCCGACGUCCUCUGCCUCACGGCGGGCAACCGUGCCCGGAUGCAAAUGACCAAGGUGACGCCUCCCAACAAAGAAGCGGUUGGGGAGCCAUCCCAGUCACAGAAGCUGCAUGAGGACGGUGACUCAAAGGCCCAGUUGAAGCCUAAUAGCACAAAGGAGCCUUCUGGAGGCCCACAAGCAGUUGGGCACCCAUCGCAGAAGCUGCCUGAGGACGGUGACUCAAAGGCCCAGUUGAAGCCUGAUACAACGAAGGACCCUCCUGGAGACACAAUAGCAGCAGUUGGGCACCCAACGCAGAAGCUACAUGAAGACGGUGACUCGCAUGACCAGUUAAAGCCUAGCCCAACAAAGCCUCCUGGAGGCACAAUAGCAGUAGGGCGAGUAUCCCCAAAAAAUUGCUUCUGUGCACCGCGUCCACAGGAUAAACAAGAUAAGACCGAUGACGAUGAUGAAACGCUGGAGAUUGCGAAACUAGUGAGCGAGUUUAAAAAGAAGAAGGUCAUCCUCAACAUCAACGCGCACGUGUACCGGCUCCCGGAGCUCCUGCUCACCCAGCUUGGCGACGGGCUGGAGGUGCUGCAGCUCGGCCGGUGGGGGAACACCGACGACGAGACAUACAUGGAGGUGGAGUCCCUGGACACGCUGGGCGCCAUCGGCAACCUGAAGAACCUCCGGUACCUGAGCGUGCGCGGGCUGUCCCGGCUGACGGAGCUCCCAGCGGAGGUCCGGCGGCUCCGGAGGCUGGCCAUCCUGGACGUGCGCGGGUGCCAGAACCUCGUCAAGCUGCCGUCGUCGACCGUGAAGAAGCUCGUCGGGCUGACCCACCUGGACCUCACCGAGUGCUACAUGCUGGAGCACGUCGGGCGCGGGGUCGCCGCCCUGCCGGAGCUGCGCGUGUUCAAGGGCUUCGUGUUCGGCGUCGGGAAGCGGCGGUACGACGCGUGCAGGCUGCAGCACCUCGCCAAGCUCAAGAAGCUGCAGAAGCUCAGCGUCAACGUCACCACCGACGCCAACGUCGAGAAGGACGAGAUGAAGCAGCUCGGGAGGCUCGCCGCGCUGGUGUCGCUCACGGUGACAUGGGGCGAGAAGCCGAGCAUACUGCUGCAUGACAGCGAGAAAGUCCGAAAGCAGCUGGAGGGGCUCCUCAAUACGUGGACCGGCCUCCGGCUACCGCCGGCGCUCGAGAAGCUGGACGUCCGAUGCUACCCCAAGGACAAGCUGCCGUUGGGGACGUGGCUCAACGGCAACAAGAAACUCAAGAAGCUCUACGUGAGGGGCGGCGAGGUGGAGGACCUCGAAAUCCCCCAAGAUAACGCCAUCGAGACCCUGCGCCUCAGGUAUCUCCAAAAGUUCGAGAUGGGCUGGAGUGAACUGCUCGCUAAGUUUAAUAAGGACAUCAUCAAGUGUGUGGAGGUUGUCGAUAAGGAUUAUAAGGUGACGAGGGCUCAAACCAAGGGCAAAGAUAUUGUGGAAGCUAAGGUUGUUGAUAAAGUGGAGAGUGAUGGGACGAAGAAAGAAAUGACUCCCAUUAAGAAGCGGAUGAAGAUACCACCGUGUACCGUUGAUGAAGAUGGGGUGUGGGUGAGGGAUCCCAAGGAAGACACCGGCGACCAAACUCCGGGUAAGGCAGAAGCUGCUACCGACGUUGCCGGCAAAGCCGAAAAAGGGGAUGACGGUGCAAGCAAAGCGCAGAAAGAAGUGAAAGAAGAAGAGAAGCCAAGCAGCCUCGAAGGCACCCAUGGAGAAAAAUCAGCACCAGCCAAGGAUGACAAUGCAGCUACGGAUGAGAUAAAAAAAGUUGACAGUGGAGAUAAGAACCAUGAGACUGUUAAUAAAGAGAGCGACAACAAGCGAGAGGCAAAAGAUGAAGAGCGUGAUCCCAUUAAGAAUGGUGCACAAGUACAAGAAUCUACCAUAGAUAAGAAUAAGCUGAAGGUGAGGGAUGAGGAACUCAAAGAGGCAUUGGAGAAGAAACCGUCGCCUACUCUCGCCGACGAUCAGACAGUCGCUCCAGCGAGUGACGGAGAUAUCAAGAAAGGCGCCGAUGAUAAAACCGACCAAAACAAAAUAAGUGAAACCAAGGAAGAGAGGCAAGACAAAUCGGGAGGUGCCAAAGGACAAGACGAGUCACCUACCAAGGAAGACACGGGAGGAGACACAAAUGAACCACAAACAGAAGGUGAAGACAAAGGCAAAGACGAUGAACAACCUGACGAAGGCGGAGGCGACAACGGCGGUGAUGCGAGCGUCGGCGAUGUGAUGAGCUCGGAGGCGUCGGAGAAGACAAAAGAGGCGACCACUGCCACACUGCCCCCAGCUCCUGAAACAACCACUUCUCCCACGGCAACACCACCAGCAUUACCGCCUGCAACUACCAGCGCUGCUCCAGCUGCCGUGGACUCUAAGGAACCUGGGAAGGCUGGCCAAGAACAGGCACCAGACGUAGAGAAUAAUUGAAUAUCGGAAGCAUGCAAUGCGUCUGCCUAAGGUGCCCAAAACUAAUGGGGGAGAAUUGUUCUGAUCGAUGGGCACGUUUGUGUUAGUUCAGUCGCUAUCGAAGUUGACGUGUGAAACAAAUAAGAACAAGCCAUUCUUUCUUGCUACUGGGGAGUGGUGAUAUAUGUAUGCUUAUUACAUUCGAGUUGUGUUUGAGUUGUGUUUCGUUACCCAUAUGUGUUAUUGAAUUUAAAUUUGUUAACCCCAGUUGUAUCAAUAAAUCUUCACGCAAAUAA